UUUUUUUCCCGCUUUUGUUUUUUUUAUCAUGACGCAAGAGAUCAGUUCAUAAUAUCUUGCCUGACGCCAUUCAACUGUAGUGUUUUGGUUCUUCAGAUAGGCCUUUUCAAGGCAAAAAUGUGAACGGCGCGUUCUUGCACCCCUCGCGUGACCUUCUCGCGUGGUGUUUUGUCAGUCACUCUACCUAAUAUUUCUUGCAGUUACAGCCUGUAGUAUCAAAUGACAAAAACCUAGCUGAGUCUUUGUGCGGGCAUCGUGCAGCGAUAAACAAACGGCCUUUGAUCUAAUUAAGUUUGAGAUAACACAGACAACAACAACCCCUUUCUUCUUCGAUGGUGUUGCUCUGCCUAUCUUUGGCAGAUAUCACCUCAUCAUGUCUUUUCCCUCGAAAUAUUUUUUCUUCAUUCUUGUGAUAACUUGUGGUUUCGUCCAUAUUCGUGGAUCGGAUUUGAAGCCAAGCAAAGGUGAAACAUGUUCCUUUGGUGGCCCCGGCGUGGAUGGGGACGGCGAACAAGAACCGUGCUAUAAAGAUGGUUUAUACUCUGCCAUUUCAGACGUACGACUUCCAAGGAGAGAUCCUGUAGCUGUAGAUCACGUACAAACCAUCCAAGUUGAUGAAGAGAAGACCUUACAAUUAAAAACCCGAAGUGUAAAGCCGCCUGUGUUUGAAAUCCCAGGUCUGCUAAGCGACGAUGAAUGCGAUCACUUGGUAAACCUAGCGAACACGAAUGGUCUCGCAGAGAGCGCAACCGCACGUAGAGAAACGGUGACUAGAGAGGGUGUGAACACAACGUUAACACAGAGACAAAUGGGAAUCUACUGCAAGAGAAUCUGCCGUUUCGACAAGAAUGAGGACGGGAAUAUAACUGUUCGUGAGUUUAAUGAUUAUGUAUACAGCGUUAAAAAAAUGUUGGUGACCCGCAACGAUGUGUGGAACGCUUACGAAGCGCUCCUCCUCGAAGGAGCUUCGUACAUCACCUACGAGAACUGCACUAAGGUGAAUCGAACGCAGUUUGUAGAGUUCAUGUAUCGAAUUCACACCAUGUACCGCUUCCCUUACUAUAAUGAAAGAUACAGUAUGCACACUUGGGUGGAGUUUAGUAAAAAAGAUCCUGUGUUGGAGCGAAUUAAAAGAAGAGUAGCAGAGGUUACUCAGAUCUCUGCGUUGCAGAUUGAGCACAGCGAAGAUUUACAGGUCGUCAAAUAUCGGCAAGGUGGCCAUUAUUACGCCCAUUAUGAUUCUACUGUGGGUUCAGAAAUCCAGGAAAAGAGAUGUUGUCAGAAGUUUGAGAACCAAUCCCAAAGUUCUUGUCUUAUAUGCAGGUACAUCACCGUUCUGUUCUACUUGAACAACGUCACUGAAGGAGGAGAAACUGCGUUUCCGAUCGCAGAUCACGAAGAACUGUUGUCAGGAAGAAACUAUUCCUCAAAUCUCAGUAAGAGGUGCCAAAAGGCAACUUUGAUUGUGAAACCCGUGAAGGGUAGCGCUCUGUUUUGGUACAACCAUGUUCUAGAGGAGGAAUCCGGAAUGAUGGGCGAGGUGGAUCUGUUAUCGUUACAUGGCGGAUGUGAUGUGGAUAAAGGAGAGAAAUGGGUCGCAAAUUUAUGGAUUAAUGCCCCGCGCGUUGAUCAAACUGUAUAACUUUUGAAAGAACUGCUGUUGAGAUUACACUCGUUAAACAAAAAUAACGAUAAAUUCAGCUGCAUUCAAUUACAAUUUGUUGCUAUUAAUUUGAGGUUUUAAAAAAGAACUCUCUGUGGAUGGAAUUUCUGUUCUACCCGCAAUACCCACAUAGCCAAAACUGUUAUCACGGUCACUUAACCAAAUGAAUAAAAGGGUAAGCCUUUAAAGAAACUGUGGUGCUGCGUCGGUGGGAGA